UUAACGAGUCAAGUGUCAUCCCUCGACCAGUCAAUGCCAUCAUCACCUGGAUAUCGCUUCGGCACUUUUUUUUCUGAUCAUCUCACUCAGUCCGAUUCUCACUUCUCACUUGGCGCUCAUUCGUCUGGCCUUCGUCCUAGGGAGAUCAUGAUCAAGAACAUGAUUGAUCUGGACGGCGUUCCAUCGAAGCGAACGGUGCAUUACCACUCUUUGCGCUCAGACUCAGCAGCAUUCUUGUGCGCCCAGCUCGAGGACGAGUGA